UAGCUAUGCUACAGUCUAAUCUGUCCAUGUUGAAGAGUUUUGAAAGUAGCCUUAAGGCAGUUGAAGUUUACCUGAUAAAUGUUGCCAAUUCCUCAUCCACUGAUCAGAAGAUUAUCAAUGACCUGAAUACACUAAACUCCACAAUAUCACAAGCUAAUCAGUUGGUCAGUGCAGCACAAGAGGUGAGAUUCUGAAAGUAGCUCUUGCAAGAAAUGAAUACGUUUCUUAUCAACGGAAUCAAAAUGUAUCUUUAUUUAUAGGAAACUAAGGAGUUUUCAGCUGUUGACAAACUUUAGAUGUUUGAGAUACAAAAGGUUUGAGAAUGGUUUGACCACUUUUCACACAAGUUUUGCAAAAAAUAUUUGUUAGACUUUUAUUGUGUGUGAUGUUGGGAAGGAAUAAGAACAUCUGUUGACAGAAGCUCAUAUUGUAGUGUAACAUUUAAAUAUUUGUUGCAUACUAUAAUUGUAUUUAUGUUUUACCUUGAGAAUGUUAUAACCAAAUUUCUACAUUAUUUAUUAGUAGGGCCUACUCAUAUACAUUUUAGAUCUUCUUUUAUAUUUUCGUCUGUGUGCAUUACCCACCCUGCAAUUUAAUUUUAUUAUCGUUAUAGUUAUUCUUGUCCUUUGUUGUGUAUUUUCCUUCCUCAUCAUUCAAUGGUUGUUAAACUUUCAGAAAUCUACAUCUGUUCGCAAUCUCAACCAAAACAAUACAUCCACACUUCUUGCCAUGGAGACCAGGAUUGUCAAUCUCAUCUCAUUGGCUGCAAGAACACUGACCACAGCCCAAAACCUUGCCACCAGCAGCACAGACAUGAGGAGCACAGUGAAUAAUGAGAAUGGCAAGCUUGCCCAGCUUGCAGGCUUUAAGAUUGACUACACAAGUAUCGCUAGCAGGACAAGUCAAGCCAGGCUUGCUGCUAGCUCCACUCAGCAACUUGUGAGUUGUCAUGUUUUUGUUUUUUUGUUGUUUUUUUUACUUUACUUUAAGGGUGGAAUAAAUAGUAAUAGCAUGUUUUUUGUUCAUGUUUUCCUUGAGGUCACUAAAAAAAUUGAAUGCUCAGAUGGAAAGAUCAAAUACUGUAGGAAAAUAUUAAAUAUCUUUUUGCUGUUUGUACAAGUUAAUGAUAUCGGCAUAUUAAUUACAUUCAUCAUGUUGAAGUAGCAUAAAAAAUAUUUUCUUUUGGUGUUUAAUACUGAUGGGUGCUUUUUGUUUUUUUUUUACUUUUGUUUUCAAAAUACAAUCUAUUUACAUAGUAAAGACUGCAUUUCAGCUAUUUAUCUUUAAAGUUUGCACAUUUUAGAGUUUGAAAAAUUGAGACUUGUCAAUUAAAGUUGUAUAAAAUUUACCAAUUUUGAAUGCAAGUUGUGUCAAACAUUGGUAUUGAACCUAAAGUUAUUUCAUUUAUUGUUUACAGUUUUCUCACACUCCUAAUUCCUAACUGAAAAUCUUGACUUUUUAUUAAAAAUUUAAAAUAGCUUUGUUAAUUAAGAUGGUAAGGCAGUACCACCUUUGGGUGUCAGUUUUAUGUCAUAGAUAUCAGUUUUAUGUCAUAGAUAUCAGUUUUAUGUCAUAGAUAUCCACUUGUUAUAAAUUGAUUUAUUUUUUGACAGAAGCCUAUUAACAUAGUGGAAUAUUUUUAAUAUGGGGGGGGGGGGGGUUAGAAGGGUGUAAAAUGGGGGUGGGGGGGCAGCUGCCUUCAGAAGAAGUAAAAUUCAGUUGUUAGUCUCUCUUGACCCCUGGGUGCUAUCUUUAUAAUAUUUAAAUGAUACUAAGGUGGUUCACUGGUCAGACAUUCUUUACCAAUGGGUGCCAUCUUUAUACUAUCUAAAUGAUAUUAAAAUGGUUCACAGACAACAAGUAAUAAUAAGAACAAUAAGAUAACCAUCUUUUAAAUUAAAUCAAAAAUGUAUUUUAUUUUGCUUACAUCCUUGAACAGGUGACAUUUGAAUCUAGCACAUUUAAUGGAUCUAAUGUCAAUGCCCUUGCCACUGUGCCAGUUGUUGAAAAUUUAACCAAUCAGACAAGAACAAUGGGAACCCUGUCUGCUGAUUGGAGGAGCAGAUCUAACACUGCGCAGCAGAGAGCUGCAGUCAUCCAGAAUCAGGGCAUCAGCUUGUUGCAAGAUGCAAACAAUACACUUGAGAUACUCAAUAACUUUGAAGCAAGAUCACAAAGUAAGUUUCAAAAUUAGGUUUAACAUUAAAUGUGGGGGAGAGUGCCAUUUCUAUAUCAAACUAAUUAAAAAUGCAUAGAGUUUCCCAUGUUUGUUUUGUGAUUUAUAUCAAUGAUUGUUUUGUGAUUGAUUUGAAUGUUUGUUUGGUGAUUUAUAUUAAUGUUUGUUUUGUUAUUUAUAUCAUUUUUUGUUUUGUGAUUUAUAUCAUUUGUUUUGGGAUUUAUAUGAAUGUUUGUUUUGUGAAUUAUAUCAAUGUUUAUUUCACUGAAACGGAUCAUUUUAAAAAUAGAAUUAGUUCAGAAUCAUUACACCAGUAGACUGAUAUCAUACCAUAUAUCACUUAAAUUUAAUUGUAUAAGCUUUUAAGAGUAAAACCUUUCAUUAGAUAUAACUUUAAUUAUAUCAUUUUUAAAAAAAACACUUUUUUUAGUCUUUGGGGGGUUUAUUUCAAUCAAAACAGCUUAUUUCAUUGCAAUAAUGACCAAUCAAAUUAAAAAAUACAUAUUUCUUUUGCUUGGAUUUUCAUCAAUGCCUUAAGCUAUGCAUAAUAAUUUAUUUCGUAUGUAACGGAAACUAAAACAAUUUGGCUAUUCUAGAUGUAAAGCAGCAGCUUCUUACACUGCAACAACAGCUGGCACCAGCCCUUAACCUCAGCCAGCAGUUGAUAAAGCAAUCUGGGAACCUGACUGAAACACUGACAUUGUUACAACAGACUGCAUCAGCUGCCAAAGAAACGGCUGACCUAGCUCUUAACAUCAUCACACAAAAACAAAAGGUAAGGAAUAGGGUUGCGCUGGGGUGCAGUAUUUUGAUAACAAUACCUAGUAGGACUGGGUGUUACACACAAAAAAAGGGUUAUCUUCUCACUUUCUAUGGGGAGAAGUUAAAAAUGCAUUUGCACUACCCGUAGCAAUCAUGAAGGCAUUAAAGUUGAAGGCUUCAAAACAAUAAUAGCUUAAUAAUAUAAUCCGAAACCAGCAGCUUUUCACCUUUUUAUUGCUGUCACCCCUUUAUAACAUUUGCCAAGUAUUGGCAACCCACAUCCAGGAUUCUAUCUUAAAAUUGAGGAACAGGUGUUGAGAAUGGGAGAGGGGAAAGGCCUUUUAGUAAAUAAAAAAGAUAUUGGUACUGCAAUUUUUAUCAGGGGUGGAGAGAAGCAGAAAUAACAGCUAAGAAGUUUGGAGGGCUCUGUAGAGGGGGCUCUGGGAGUCAAUCUUCUUAUGUUUUUUUUUUAUUUUUAAAUUAAGAAAUAAAAGAAACAAUGAAAAUAAAUGAAAUCAUAUAUAUGCAAUGCAAUUUUUUUUUUUUAGUGAAAAGAAAAUGCCAAAAUAUUUAUAUUGAAUAAACUGCUGACAUCUACUGAAUGAAUAAUAGUUUUUUAAAUUUUAUUUUAUGUAGCUGUAGUGUAGUCAAAGUGUCAGUACGAUAAAUUCAACAACCCCUAAAAACAAAGUUUUCGUAGAAAUCCUUAUAAAAUGUAACAUCGAGCAAUGGGGGUGGAGCUGAAAAUUUGACAAAACAUGCAUACAAGUGACGCACUUUAUAAGAAUCCCAAUUAGUGCAUCACGCCCCUGAACUAUCUUACUAAUUCUAAUAUCCCAUCUGCUUUUAGACCCCAGAUUUAUUGCACCAAAUAUUUUAGAAACACAAGAGAAAAUAUUACACUCCAAAUGCACUUGUGAUAUUUUUAAGAAUCUCAUUUAGCGCAGUUACAAGAAAUUUAUAUCGUGAAAUCCGUGGCAUCAUGUUUCCUUCAUCUGCCCCUUGAUUUUUGGGGGUUGUGGGGAUGGGGCUGAAAAGUUGAAAAAAUGUGUUGUCAACAAGUCUAUGUCGAAGUUUCAACUCGAUAGAUUGACAGGAAGUGGGUCAAUUAAUUAGCCCGCUGAAGAUGUGGCCACACACCCAGAAAGAAACACACAAUCAAAAACCAUAAUGUAAAGGAUUUAAAAAAAGGCCAACCACUGUACAUUUUAAAAUGAAGAAAACAUCCUAGCCUUCCUUCAGUUAAGCCAAUUUCUUCUUUUUUUUAAAAUGAGUGUUAAAUUACAUUACUAUUAUUGAAUUCUGUGACAUGCACUACUUUUUAUUUCUACCCACUGGCCCGAACAAAUUAUAGAAAAUAAAUCUAUUUUUUUCAAACACCUGGACCCAGUUCCAUUUCUUUUUUGGCCAGGUCUGAGUAUGUGCUGCGUGUGAUCAUUUUCGGCAUUUCCUGGUACCUGGGUCAGUCAGUACCCAGGUCUGGGUAUGUGCUGGUCAGUCAGUACCCAGGUCCGGGUAUGUGCUGGGUCAGUCAGUACCCAGGUCCGGGUGUGUGCUGGAUCAGUCAGUACCCAGGUCCGGGUAUGUGUUGGGUGUGAUCAUUCUCAGCCUCUCUUGGUACCCGAGUCAGUCAGUACCCAGGUCCGGGUAUGCGUUGGGUGUGAUCAUUCUCAGCCUCUCUUGGUACCCGAGUCAGUCAGUACCCAGGUCCGGGUAUGUGUUGGGUGUGAUCAUUCUCAGUCUCUCCUGGUACCCGGGUCAGUCAGUACCCAGGUCCAGGUAUGUGUUGGGUGUGAUCAUUCUCAGUCUCUCCUGGUACCCGGGUCAGUCAGUACCCAGGUCCAGGUAUGUGUUGGGCGUGAUCAUUCUCAGUCUCUCCUGGUACCCGGGUCAGUCAGUACCCAGGUCCAGGUAUGUGUUGGGUGUGAUCAUUCUCAGUCUCUCCUGGUACCCGGGUCAGUCAGUGCCCAGCUCUGCCUUAGUGAGGAAUAAGCUUAAAUGUUUGACAAAAAAAUCCUUGUUUAGUAUUUAAUAAUAUGGUGGAUGAAACUUAAGUUCAAAAUAAAGGCUCUAGUCACAUGCAAAAUGUUCAAAUUUUUCUCCAGUGGCCUGCUCAGCUGGUCAUGCCUGGACUGAGUUGGGUAAAAGCAUAUUAUGAGUUUCUAAAGCUAACACAUAUUUAAUAUUUGAAUUACACACAGGUAUUUAGGAAAUAGAACCUUUCCCAUUCUAAAGGGACUAAUAACUAAAACAUGGGCUGGAAAGAGUAGUUACUAUAUUUUAAAAUUUAUACCACAUAGUUUAAACUGCAAAUAAGGUUUUAAUACAUUAAAUAUAUAUGGCCAUGGACACAAAGAGUCUUAAUGUCUGUUCUUAUGCCACCCACUAACAAUUACAUUUUGUAAUAUACCCAAUACACCCAAACUUAGCUACUUUUAAUAUAGAUUCCAUUCUUAAUUGCAGACAAUGCAAACCAUAUCAAAUGCAGCAAUGACUUUGAGAUCUCGUCUGGGAAAUGUGAGAGAUUUGAGUGGAGAGCGUUACACAACACUGAAUAACACCAGGACCGCCAUCAUUGAUCCUGGCAGUCUUCUCUGUCUAGCCAGUGACUCCUUUUCUGGCUUUCAAUAUCAGCUAUCUAAUACAGAGGAAAAGGUCUCCACCACCCUUAUACAAGUUGCUAAUGUGACGCAGCGUGCAAACGAAAUGCUAGGACAACUGCGCAGCCUCAAUAAAAUUGAUUCCUUAGCAGCAGAAUUGUUACUCAGAAAUGUUCUCAAAGCUCAGUCUAACUUAAACAUUGAUACUUUACGUACCACUGUUGCCGAUCUCCAGAACAGAAAAAAUAUACGGCAAGCUGAGAUUAACCGAUUAAUUGCCCUAAAGGAUGCUUUAAGAGUGAAGAUUGCGAACAUGAAAUCUUUGCAAUCUCAGAUAAAUCGAUCUUAAUAAGCAUAGUGCAUUGUUCUUGUAAG